AACUCGCAUCUAUAAAUACCAACCAACCCUUCAUUCUUGGCCAACAACACACUCUCACUCUCAUCACUUUCACUACAUUCAAAACCCAAUUUUCUUAUAUAUAUAUAUACACAGUACGUAGCCAUAUAUAUAUAUAUAUUGAUCAUAUAUAUAUAUGACAAUGCAGUACGAAGCAGAGUCGUGGAGUGGGUACAUGGAGGUUGACCCGGUGGAGCGCAUAGAGAGGUUGGCAUCGGACAACGCCGUCGUCAUAUUCAGCAUGAGCAGCUGUUGCAUGUGCCACGCCAUCAAGAGGCUCUUCUGUGGAAUGGGAGUUAACCCCACCGUUCACGAGCUGGACCUCCACCCCACUGGAUCCGACCUCCACUCCGCCCUCGUCACCCUACUCGGCUCCUCCUCCUCCGCCCUUCCCGUCGUCUUCAUCGGCGGCAAACUCGUCGGAGCCAUGGACAGAGUCAUGGCUUCUCAUAUCAAUGGUACUCUUGUCCCUCUUCUCAAAGAGGCCGGCGCUCUCUGGCUUUGAACUUUCCACCGCCGCAACCGCCACCGCAACCGCCGCGGCCAAUCUACUUUGUUAAAAUGAAGAAGUAAAACAAGUCUCUUUUUGAAUUUUUGAUUUUUUUUUUUUACAUAGAAUUAGAAAAAGGCUGAAGCUGCAGAGGUAGUGGAGUGAGUGUUCUUCUUAAUCUAAUCUAAUCUAAUCUCCUUCUAAACUAAUUAAUCACUAAUAUAAGAUGAUAUUAUAUGUAAUCUAAUCUUGUUUUUUCAUGUUAUUUCUUUGUAUUUUGCUUCUUCUUAAUUUUUGUGUGUAAUUUUCUCCCUCCUCUGUAUACCAAAGAAAAAAAUGA